AGGCCUCUGCAAAUCUGGGUGUGCUGGAAGUGGGGGAGGAGGUGGCCUCUGCCCCUCCAAGUGCAGCCUCCCAUGGACACCAAGACACAGAACCUUUCCAUCACCCACACCCAGCCUCACAGCAACUCCAGGCCCCAAGGCCACCCCUGCAGCCAGUGCAACUGCAGCCACCACUGCCAAAACUGUAGCCAGAGCUGCAGCCGGAGCUCCAGCCAGAGUCCAGCCAGCCACUGCAGCACAGUGGCUUCCCCGAGCCAGAGUCCCAGCCCCAGCCUGCCACCCAGGAAUCACAAACACGCCAUGCACCCCCACCACUGCCGCCUGCGGCCCACCACCCAUUCCAGCAGCUGCCCCAAGAAGAGAAAGACCUUGGAAGGAAAGGUGAACAAGAGGAAGGUACUCAAGAAGAGCCAGCGGGGGCACAAGACAAAGAGGCGGGGCUCAGGUAACUUUCAAGCAGGACAGAAGCGCAAGUGAGAUGGUUCCCCACGGCUUGUUCCUGUGUCAGUUUCACUCAAUGGAGAAAUGUCAUCACGCGUGGAAUGCUAGGCGGAAGUCAAACUUUUUGCAGGAACAUGUUACUACAGUGAUUUCUAUGCGGCAAUGAUUAAAGCGUACACUGGAUGGCCGUCCUUGAGUGGCAUUUUGAUUUCGCUAAU